CCUUGAAUAUGCGAGGUUACGUUUAGUUCUGAUGGGGAUUUUGAUUGAGAAAUUCAAGGAUUUACUCGUUUAGAAUGCCAAAGCGCAGUCACAGAGCCCCUAAAAAAUCUGAUCGAGAAGGAAGACCUCCAGAAUUGACGCUAGCAAGUUUUUUGAGUGGUUCGCUCGCUGCGCAAACUUCAGUUGUCAGCGAAAGGGCUUCCUCCACAGAUCAAGGGGUUUUAGUGGGAACGAGAUCAGCCUCAGAAGAGGAGGAAACAGCGAAAGAAACGAUUGGGUUUUCAGUCAAACGUACAAAGAAAGGGAAGAUUCCUAUUUCGUACGAAAAUCGUUCCAAAGGAAAGAAGGUUACAGUUAUCAGUAACGUUACCGGCGAUCCAAGCAUUUUGUUACAAGAACUUAAAAAGAAAAUCGGAGCUGGUGGAGUCGUAAGAGGAGAGACUGUGGAGAUACAGGGAGAUCAUCAAGUUUUGGUGGAGAACUUUUUAACUGGCCAUCCCUGUUUGAAAUAGAAGCCGUCAUCAAAG